AUUCCUGUUAACCAUCAAAUGUUCUUUUUCUAUUCUCCCCGUUUCAGUUCCCUCACAACAAACCCAUCAAUAUUUCAAUAUCCGGGCUCCCAGAAAUUUUCUCAGCAACCAAUCAGCUUCAAUACUCUCUCGCGCGCUUCACAAGCAUCAACCAAUUCAUGUCCCGAUCGUCGACGCAAUGAUUUUCUCAAGAAUUGGACGCUCUCUGUCUCGCUCGGUUCGCUCCUCUUUCCAAAGAAAUGUAAUUUCCAGUAACUAUGCCGAGAGGGCUGUGUUAGCGAGUGAAUCGCUCUUGCCCUCGACCGGCAAUGCGUGCUUCUCACGCGCCGAUGGUGGGCUAGGGCUUGUGAGGGGCUAUGUCACAUCUGUUGGAGCUGGAAAGCAGCUCGUUGCGAAUUCGCACUUGUCGAAUUUCAGCUCCGUCCUCGCAUACCCUAGGGUUUGGCGCUUUUUAUCGAGCCAGGCGCCCAAGAAGAAGAACUAUGAGAAUUACUACCCGAAGGACAAGAAGGAAAUUCCCAAAGCGAAUGAGCAGAAAUCUGAGUCGAAAGGUAAUAAGCAAACUAGAGUGGCGUACUGUUGCUUACCAUGAGUCAGGUCAUGCUGCUGCUGGUUGGUUCUUGGAACAUGCGGAACCCUUGGUUAAAGUCACUAUUGUUCCUCGUGGUACUGCAGCACUGGGGUUUGCUCAGUAUGUUCCCAAUGAUAUCUAAGAGCAGCUCUUUGAUAUGACUUGCAUGACCCAUGGUGGUCGAGCUGCUGAGCAGUCAGAUGAUGAUGGAUCAUGAUACGGAACACUCGGGCCUUGAGUUUUACAUCUGAACAUUAGACAAUGUAUAUACCUGAUCCCUCACUUUCUCAUUUGAAGAUAUUACAUGUUUUUUCGAGCAAAUUGUUCCUUGCAGAAGGGAGGGAACGAAACAGCAUUUCUUUUCCUUAAUUGAUGUUGUAUAUAUUAUCCAUUUUGUGGAUAGCUUGUAAAUGGUUCUCAAACAGGGAGGUCAGAAAUUUCAUGAUUGUCACAACAUUUCUUAUAGGUGUUAAAGUGUUUUAAGUCCACAUGGUAUAACACAAUUUUGGGGAACGAUUUACUAUCUAAGAGCAUUUGAAGUGCUUCAAAUCUUGAGCCAAAAUUCCGGGGUUUUCAUCACUAAAGAGAGAAGCAGUUUAAUGGGGGCUCAUGCCGGUCUGCUUGAUUGGCUUGCUUCUUGAGCCUAGUAAACUAUGUUAUGUUUGGGCAUGAUAGAUAGACUUCUGAUAGAGUUAAUUAAAUGUGGAACUCUUUGUUUCCUUCAAUCAGGUUUUGGUGGGGAAGAUCUCAACUGGAGCCCAGAAUGACUUGGAGAAAGUGACCAAGAUGACCUAUGCCCAAGUUGCAGCCUAUUGUUUCAGCGACAAGGUGGGUCUUCUGGAUUUCUAUAGAGAUUGCAAAGAGAAAAUGUGCAACUCCUUCCGGAUUUCCACCCUAACGUGAACAAAACAUUCCUUAGUAUUUUUCAUCAAAUUUUUGACACUAAUGUAGCAAUUCACAUGGUAUUUUUGUAAAGGUGUUGUAGUAAAAAAGUUGUUCCCCA